AUGUCGGACGCGCAAUUAUUCGAAGAUACUUUCACCGUCACAUCAGUAAACUCGCAGAAAUAUGAUCGCGUUUCUCGCAUCAGCUGUACCUCGACGGACAACCUGACGACAUUCACUCUGGAUGUGAACUCAGAGCUUUACCCAUGCGCGGUGGGCGAAUCGCUUUCGUUGGCCUUGGCCUCGACGCUUUCUUUGGAUGGAAAGAACGAAGAUGCCUCCGGAGCAGGCCGUACUGGCUGGAGAGAUGUGGGCAUGGGCGAGAACACACUCGCCAAUGAGUAUGACUAUGUGUGUCACGGCAAGGUUUAUCGUUUUGAGGAGGGAUCUACGGCAGGGAAUAUGUCUGUCUUUGUGUCGUUUGGCGGACUUUUACUGCAUAUCGACGGCCCAUACAACAAACUCGUGCCCCUGAGGAUCGACUACAUUUAUCUUCUUCUCAAGAAAUAA